UGGCCUUUUCCUUCCUGGAACUGGUCCCACGGGUCUUCUCUCAGAAUCUCUGCACUUGCCCCUGUGUCUUCCUGGAACCAGUCCCCCCACGUCCUCACGGGUGUUUAAAGAGUCACCUUUUCUUCUUCCUUUAAUUUGCUCUUGUGGGCGCUUAUGCGACCCUGAGAGUGCUUCUCUGACACCCUGGGUUGGGGAACAGCCCACAGGCUCCCACCCUAAGGUCCCCGUGGUCAGACCCCGCUCUUCUCUGUCCCAGGAUCAGAUUCUCUUCCUUGCAUGUCCAGGGCCAGCCUCUGCCCCGAUGAAUUCGUCGCCCUAAGGAAAUAAGUGACACACAUGUUUCAUUCCUCCCUCCUGUCUCUCUGUCCCCACCACCUGGCAGAGUGCCUUGCACACAGCAGGUGCUCAGUAUUUGUGGAGUGAAGGCAGGGGCCAGCUGCUGCUGUCCUAAGGCUGGAGAAGAGGGAGGAACCGUGGCUCCAGACCAGACUUUUGCAGGGACACGGGCAGCUACGACCCCCUCCUGCCUUCUCCUUCCCUCAGUCCUCCCUGGCUGGCCUCCUUCCCUCUCUCUGAUCUCCUCCUACCGUCCUCCAUCCCUGGAAGUCGAGAGUCCUCCCAGCUAUGAGGAAGCACCCAGAAAUCCCCGUUUUCAGCCACCUCACCGGGCUUGAGAUCCGGUCGCUGUCUGGGCUGUCCGUGGCCCAAAGCGUGUGCGCCCUCCUGACCUGGGGGAAGACAGAGCCAGAAGAGCCUCAUGAUGCCCGUUUUCACUUUCCAGCUCUUCAGUGUUUCCAGUGUCAACGAGUCAACGCCAGUGGGGUUUGCCAGACCGGGGAGAGCGUCUGCCAGGCUGAAGGCUACCAGCAGUGCUUUCUGAGGAAGGUCUACAAAGAUGACAAUCUUUCCUAUGGGUACCAAGGCUGCAGCAGUGUGUGCUACUCUAUGACCAUGUUUAAUAAGGAUGUUGCUAUGGAGGAGAAAUGUUGCAAUGACUCAUCUUUCUGCAACAAGUUCUAAAGCUGGAGACCGCCCUGCCCUGACCCGAAGAAGCGGAAUCAACACACUUUGCAACUCUCACGUUCCUCGCAACUGCUGUGCACUCACCACGGGCUGUCCGUAGGGGGAAGUCAUAAACUAGCUCUGUGCCAGGCCCAGUCACCCUUUUCUUUCCCUCUUUGUGAGAGGCUCCCGGGAGAGUCUUCAAAAUCCAGUUGGGGUAAAGAGGGGUGGGCAUGGGCAGGGGCAAGUGUGCCUUCUUCCUCGCCAGGCCCGAGUCACGAAUCAUGCUUAUUUUCAUUUUUAAAAGCAGGGUCUGUAGGAGACUAUGGGGUCUAUGAUUCGGGGUGAUCUGGAGGAAGCCGGCUGAAGGAAGAAGGAGAGCCCUCAGAAGCUGAAAAGCGUAGGGAAAGAGUAGGCCGAAAGUGAUGUAUGUAUUGGAAGUGUUAACCCAAAUCUCUGAAAUGUUGGUGUCUUAAAACAAUAAAAAAAAAAUGAUUGCUA